ACCUAAAAAUGUUACAAAUGUGAUCUAAUUUCAUAUAAAUAUUUCGGAUUUUUUUUAAUUUGGCGACAGUCAUCAAUUAAGCAUUUAACACUAAGCGUCGAAAGUAAAGAUUUGAAAAUGAAAUUUUAUUUAGCUCUGGCUUUAAUUACACUAUUUGCGGUCGCCGUUACUGCUUUGCCUGCCGGUGACGAGACAAGAACCAAUUUGGAAACUUUAGAGCAAGACCUAACACUAGUUGAUGCGCACCAAGUUACGGGCGAAUUGAAACGUGAUAAACGUGUAACGUGUAACAUUGGCGAAUGGGCUUGUGUGGCUCAUUGCAAUGCGAAGAGCAAAAAGAGCGGAUAUUGCAGUCGUGGUAUAUGCUAUUGUACAAGUUAAUAAGAAUUAAGCAAAAAUUAUGAAAUAAGUAAAGCGGAUAGUAUGACAAUUUAAAAGAAAAGAAAACUUGAAUGUGGA